UCCAGUGCACAAAUGAGAUGAAUGUGAACAUCCCACAACUGGCAGACAGUUUGUUUGAAAGAACGACCAACAGUAGCUGGGUAGUGGUCUUCAAAUCUCUCAUCACAACCCAUCAUCUAAUGGUGUAUGGAAAUGAGCGUUUUAUCCAGUAUCUGGCGUCCAGAAACACAUUGUUUAAUUUGAGCAAUUUCCUAGACAAAAGUGGAUUGCAAGGUUAUGACAUGUCAACGUUUAUCAGACGGUAUAGUAGGUAUCUGAAUGAAAAGGCAGUUUCCUAUAGACAAGUGGCUUUUGACUUCACAAAAGUAAAAAGAGGGGCUGAUGGAGUGAUGAGAACAAUGAGCACAGAAAAACUUCUAAAAACUGUACCAAUUAUACAAAAUCAAAUGGAUGCACUUCUUGACUUCAAUGUCAAUAGCAAUGAACUUACAAAUGGUGUAAUUAAUGCUGCCUUCAUGCUUCUCUUCAAAGAUGCCAUUAGACUGUUUGCGGCAUAUAACGAAGGGAUUAUUAACCUCUUGGAAAAAUACUUUGAUAUGAAAAAGAACCAGUGCAAAGAAGGCCUUGAUAUAUAUAAGAAGUUCCUCACUAGAAUGACACGGAUCUCGGAGUUCCUUAAAGUUGCAGAGCAAGUUGGAAUUGACAGAGGAGACAUACCAGACCUCUCGCAGGCACCGAGUAGCCUCCUUGAUGCUUUGGAACAACAUUUAGCUUCUCUAGAAGGGAAGAAAAUCAAAGAUUCCACAGCUGCAAGCAGGGCUACCACCCUUUCCAAUGCAGUCUCUUCCCUUGCAAGCACUGGCCUGUCCCUCACAAAAGUUGAUGAAAGGGAAAAACAGGCUGCGUUAGAGGAAGAACAGGCUCUCUUAAAAGCUUUAAAGGAGCAACGUCUAAAAGAACUUGCAAAGAAACCUCAUACCUCUUUAACAACUGCAGCUUCUCCUGUGUCAACUGCAGCAGGAAGCAUAAUGACUACCCCAGCCAUUGAUAUCUUUUCUACCCCUAGCUCUUCAAACAGCACUUCAAAGCUGCCAAAUGAUCUGCUUGAUUUGCAGCCAACUUUUCAUCCUGCUGCUCCACAAGUAGCAAGUACCUGGGGAGAUCCUUUUUCUGCUACUGUUGAUAGUGUUGAUGAUGCCAUUCCAAAUCUAAAUCCUUUCCUUACAAAAACUAACGAUGCUGCUCAUCUGUCUGUGUCUUCUGAUGUAUCUGCUUUCACCAGUAGGACACCCACACAUGAAAUGUUUGUUGGGUUCACUCCAUCUCCUGUUGCUCAACCACAGCCAUCAGCUAGCCUUAAUGUUGACUUUGAGUCUGUGUUUGGAAACAAAUCUUCUAAUGUUGUCCUAGAUUCUGGUGGUUUUGAUGAACUAGGUGGUCUCCUAAAACCAACAGUGGCCUCUCAAAACCAGAGUCUUCCAGUUGCCAAAGUACCACCUAACAAAUUAGUGUCAGAUGAUCUGGAUUCAUCUUUAGCCAAUCUUGUAGGCAAUUUGGGAAUUGGAAACGGAACUACUAAAAAUGAUGUAAACUGGACUCAACCAGGUGAGAAGAAACUAACUGGUGGUUCCAACUGGCAACCCAAGAUUGCACCUACAACCGCGUGGAAUGCUCCAACGUUGGCACCACCGGUCAUGGCUUACCCUGCCACAACGCCAACAGGGAUGAUGGGCUAUGGGAUGCCAUCGCAGAUGGGAGGAAUACCAGUAAUGACACAGCCAACUUUGAUAUACAGUCAGCCAGUCAUGAGACCACCAAACCCUUUUGGCCCUGUACCAGGAGCACAGAUUCAGUUUAUGUAACUGCGUGAGAUGGAAGAGAAAGGAACGUUUCCAAAAUGUGCUCACCAGAAACCCCCACUUCCAGG